AUGUCUGCAACGCUCGACAUACCUUCAUCCGUCAACCUCCUCGCCCGCGCAGAAACCACAAUCGCAUGCGUGAGCGCCACGCCGGACCAUAAUGGCUAUGUUCCUCCCGGCUCUUGCGAUUCGUUUUAUGAAUACUACCCAUCAUUCGCCCUUGCUGCGGUAGUCACAGGCCUCUUCCUCCUAACCACCCUCGGCCACAUCCUCCUAGCCUUCUACCACAAGAAAGGGUUCUGCUGGGUCGUCUGCAUGGGCACGCUGUGGGAGUUUGCCUCGUUUGUGUUCCGCACGCUGAGCACGAAGAAUCAGCAGAAUAAAACUUUGGUACAAAACAGCUUUCUGCUGUUUGCUCUAGCCCCGUUGUGGAUUAACGCUUUCGUCUACAUGGUCGCCGGCCGUCUGAUCUUCUGCUUCCACCCCGAGAAGCGCGUCUACAAGUUCAAAGCCAUAUACAUCGGUCGCUUCUUCGUGCUGGCCGACAUCGCCUGCUUCGCCGUGCAGUUGGGCGGCGCGCUGAUGAUCAGCCCUGGCGCGAGCCAGAAGCUCAAGGAAACGGGCCUGCAUGUCUAUCAGGCCGGCAUCGGGCUCCAGCAGGGUUUUGUGCUGCUCUUCGUCGCUAUCCUUGUGGGCUUCCAUGUGGCGAUGCGUGGGCUGGAGCGCAGUGGCUGGAGGGAUAGCCAGAAUCGGAAGUGGGGACUCAUGGUUUGGGUGCUGUAUUUUGUGCUGAUUAUGAUUACGAUCCGCAUCGCCUACCGCCUCGCCGAAUACCUCAUCCCUCUCGACGGCAACCCGCUGCUCACCCACGAAUUCUACUUGUACGUCCUCGACGCGCUACCCAUGUUCCUCGCGCUCGUCGCCCUACUCGUCGUGCACCCCGGUCGCGUGCUCGUCGGGCCCGGAAACAACUACCGCGAAGGCAAGAAGCAGAUGAAGGCUGAGAAGAAGGCGAGGAAACACGGGAAGCCGUUUGGGGCUGAUGAGGAGGAGAGCAUGAUGGGUGUGGAAUUGGAUCAUGCUGGCUCGGCUUGGGGCGGAUCAGCUGCGCCGGCGGCUUAUAGUCCGUUGGGUGAUGAGCAGGUGCAUGGGGUUGUUGGGGGUGCGGAUGCGCAGGGACAGGGGACGUUAUAUGAUCCGCACUAUGGGGGGAUGUAG